CUGGCGCACUAAAAGGUUCGAUUGACUGAAGGUGUAUAUUGUUGCUGUACGUAUAUUUGGACGUAUAUUUGUCAAUCGAAACAGUAAUACACACGCUUUCUACCUUAAUUUACAAAUUUUCAGCGUUUUGAGUAGAGCUCACCCAUUUCACGAUGCCUGAGGAAAGGGAGGGACCAAAGCGAGAAACUUGGCUUCAGAAGAGAGAGUAUAUUUUGUCUAUGCUUGGCUGUAGUGUUGGAUUUGGCUCGUUCUGGAGAUUCCCCUAUCUUUGUAACAGAAAUGGUGGCGGUGCCUUCCUUAUCCCAUAUUUCACUGCAAUCAUCGCAUGCGGUGUUCCGUUGUUCUUCCUGGAGGUGUCCAUCAGUCAGUUUUCCAGCAGGAGUGCCUCUCAUGUCUGGGUUCUGUGUCCACUCUUUAAAGGAAUCGGAAUCUCCCAACUGUUAACUAACAUCAUCGGAAUCAUGCCGUACACACUCACCAUGGCCUGGGCAAUUUACUAUAUGAGCCAAUCGUUCAAGUCAUCCCUGCCCUGGACAACGUGUGACAACUGGUGGAAUACCCCAGUGUGUAUCAAUAAGGUAACCAAUGGCUCAUCUGAAGUCUUCAACAGUACCGUGGAACAACAACUUCUGCAGAACGCCGUAUGGAGAAAGCCAAACUCGACAUUGACGGCUUCUGAGGAAUUUUGGCAGUUCAACGCCCUUCGAGUAUCAGCUGGGAUUGACAAUUUUGGGUCUGUGCAGCCCCACAUCAUCCUCAGUCUCCUGUGUUCCUGGACAGCUUUGUUUCUGUGUUUGAUGAAAGGUGUGCAGUCAGUAGGGAAGGUUGUGUACGUGACUGCCUUGAUGCCGUACGUUCUUCUGACGGUGCUGCUGGUAAGGUCGUGCGUGAUGCCAGGAUCUAGCGAUGGACUUCUUUAUUUCAUUCGUCCCGACUUCUCACGACUUGGCUCAGUUCAGGUAUGGCUAGAAGCUCUUCUCCAAGCAUGUUAUUCCAUGGGUACAACGUUCGGCUCACUCAUCACUAUCAGCAGCUAUAACAAAUUUCAUAACAACUGCCUCAGAGACGUGACACUGUUGACAAUCGUCGGGGAAGCGAGCACUAUAUUUUGUGGAUUGGUUGUAUUCUCCUCUUUAGGAUUCAUGGCUCACAAGGCACAGAUACCUAUAUCGGAGAUAGUGUCUUCAGGAGUAGGACUUGGUUUUAUCAUCUUCCCUGAAGCUAUAGCCCAGCUGCCUGUGCCUCAACUGUGGUCAGUCCUGUUCUUCCUCACACUGCUGUCUCUGGGGAUCGACACUGUGUUUGGUGCACUCGAGACCCUCGUAGCAGGACUUUCAGAAGCAUUCCCUCAUCGUCUUAAGUUCAGAAGAGUUCAUGUCACAGGAGGAAUAUGUCUCUUUUGUUUCCUCCUUUCUAUUCCUUACACUACGAGGGGUGGAGUCUACCUUGUCCAACUGCUUGACUGGUAUGCCUCCUCCUUUAGUGUUCUGCUGAUUGGCUGUUUGGAGUGUAUGGUCAUCAGCUGGAUAUAUGGUUCCAAGCAGUUCAGUCAAGACGUAGAGAUGAUGAUUGGGCGAAGAACCCCGCUAGUGCUGAGCAUUAUGUUAUCCUACAUCACUCCUGUCAUACUGUGUGUGGCUCUGAUCCUGUCCCUCUUCAUGUACGACCCGCCAAGCUACGGGGCAUACGUGUAUCCAUUUUACGCCAAAGUCGUUGGAAUCCUUAUGGCGGUUCUCAUGACUUUACCGAUACUGGUCAUGAUGAUCUACCAGGUCGCCCAGAGGGACGGGACCAUCAUGCAGCGUCUCAAACUUGCAAGUGAACCGUCACCCGACUGGGGCCCCGCUCGAACUGAGAACAGAUUAAUCUAUCUUGAAAGAGAGCGUACUCAACAACAGAUAUUUAUGAAACCAAUGGCCUAAUUCGACCCCGCGGAGCCUCGUCGUCGCGGUUACAGAUGCCAUGGAUAGGGAAAGACACUUCCCUAAAUGUAUAUUUAAGUAUAUUUUGCUGCCGUAAGAACGGACGCAUCACUAUUCAACAUGACCAGACGGCUAUAUUUUUAGUUAUCACGUCAUAUUUGAGACACAUCAGAAUAUGAAUAUACAAAGUGUU